AUGUCGGACGCCGCCGUGGACGACGCUGGCUCUGCCUCGGUGGCGACAGAGGUGGUGGCGACAGAGGUGGAGGGCUUGCGCUUGAGCCUCUCCAGCCGCAGCAGGACAGGCUAUGCGGGUGUGCACGAGACACCCUUUGGCCGCUUCCAAGCGAAGCACUACGUGGACGGCAGGCCAACCCACCUCGGCAACUUUGGCACGGCGGUUGAGGCGGCGUUGGCCUACGCGCGGGCUGUCGGAGAGGCAGCGCCGGCGCCAGCGGGAGGCAUUGUCGUCAGGGGGAAGCGAGUACGAGGCCCCGCAGACACGGGGCGGGAGGCAAAGGCGAAGCGAGGCGAAGGAGGGUGGCGUGGCAGCAACGCGCUGCCAUCCUCUUCGAAUGACGACGAUGAGGUGGAGGCAGAGGCGGAGGGCUUGCAAUUGCACCUUUCUAGCAACAAUCCCACUGGCUACAAGUGUGUGUACAAGGUUCCGAGCGGCUACAUCGGUGCUGGCCGUUUCCGAGCGUGGCGAACGGUUCACGGGCGGCAAGUCUGGCUUGGCUACUUCGACACCGCAGUGGAGGCGGCGGUGGCCUAUGCGCGGGCCGUCGGCGAGUACCACGAGCCUCCGUGUCCUCCGGCGGUGGCAACAGAGGCGGAGAGAAUGCGGUUGCACCUCUCCAGCCGCAGCAGGACAGGCUACGCGGGUGUGAACGAGACACCCUUUGGCCGCUUCCAAGCGCAGCACUACGUGGACGGCAGGCCAACCCACCUCGGCAACUUUGGCACGGCGGUUGAGGCGGCGGUCGCGUUCGCGCGAGCGGUCGGGGAGCCGGCGGAAGCUUUGGAAGGGCGUUCCGACUCGGCGGAGGAGCUUGCUGGCUUCGACUGCCCCAAGUGCCGCAAGAAGCUGGGCAGCGCCCUCGCUCUCAAGUACCACACAGACAACGCGGUGUGCACAGGCGGCGAGGCGCGGUGCGCUCGCCACCCCCUCUGCUCACGCCCCAACCGGCACCCGGGGCGCUGCAAGCUCCCUGCGCACGUCGUGGCCGCGGCGCGGGCGGUGGCGGCGGCCGCGGCGGUGGCGGCGGCCGCGGCGAAGGCGGCGCGGGCAGAGGCGAGGGCGCAGAAGGCGAGGGAGAGGGCGCAGGCGAUGGCGGAGCGCGGCGGCGGGGGCGGGGGCGGGGGCGGGGACGGGGACGGGGACGAAAGCGAGAGCGGCGUGGAACGAAUGAGGCUCGACAGAGCGGCGGACCUCACGAGCGCGGACAUGCCGACGUGCAACUACGGGCACCCGCCCCGCGCGGCCGCCGCCGACGCCGACGCCAACUGGUACCUCGUAGCAGUCCAGCGGUUGCUGCACGUGCUCACGCAGAAGGAGCCCGGCGGCGCCGAGGACGGGGAUGUCAACCGCGGCUACAUCGUCUUCACGCAGGAGCUGCUCUUUGAGCGCUGCUACCAGACGCUCGGGUCCGCCGCCUCGACAUCUUCCAGCCGCGUCGCGGUAUCGGCGAGGCAGCUGAGCGCGUGGCUCGACAAGGGCCUGAAGAAGCUGCAGGAGGCUGCUGGGGACACCGGCGACGUGCGAGACGUCCUGCAGCGGGUCCGCGAGACGCCCCGCGCCGCAACAAAGGCGCUGCUGGCGAAGCAGUUUGGGGACGGCGGCGCAGAGAUCGCGCUCCCUCCCCAGCCGACCAUCUUUCGCAUGGACAAGGCGCGUGUCGCUAGCCUGCUCAACGCGUGGGACUCGAGCCGCAACUCGACGAAGAUCGACCUUGGGCGCGGCGUCCGCGAGAAGGUGCCCGUUGCACCAAACACCACGCUCCGCGAGGUGCUCUCAGCGGCCUGCACAAAACGCGGCCUCGACGUGGCGACGCGAGGCCUCCGGCACGGCCGCACACGCAAACACCUCGACCUGUCGAUCACAUUCCGCCUCUCUGGGCUUGACAACAACGCGCUCAUCGAGGUGGUUGAGGACGGACAUACCGCCCCGCGCGGUAGCAGCCAGGCGCCGUGCCGGGUCGCCGUCCAGCUGGAGUCGGGCGACCGCCGCACUGGGUCACUCGGCGAUGAGAGCAGCCUGCUAGAGGUGGUGCGCGCGCUCUGCCCCGAACAGCUGGCCGACGGCGCCAUGCCAGCCGGACACGCGCCUGCGAUCCUCUACGGAGGCUCGGGCGACCUCCGCGUCGUCGCGACCGGCGAGGAUCAGCUGCGUAGCACGACACUUGCCAGCCUCGGCGUCGCGAGGGGCAGCGCAGUACUCGUGCGCUUCGUCUCCCUCCCAGCCGAGGGCGGCCCCGAGGGUAUCCCCGCCGUGCCAGCGGCGCCGCCGCAGCCCAGCAUCGCGGACGGACCGGCCCAGGAGCGAGCUGUGCCAUGCAGUGGUGCAGCCUCGGUGGCCGAGGCGGCGGCCGAGGCGGCGCCGGCGCCCGCGCAGCUGCAGCCAUCGCCCGCCGACGCAGCGGCCGCGGCAGCCGACGGACUCACGCUGCGCACGAUGAUGGCGGAGGCGCUCAGGGCGCUGCAGGCGCAAGCCCAGGCGGCGGCGGACGCGGACGCGGACGCGGACGCGGACGCGGCCGUCCUGGACGGCGGCGGGGGCGCGGCGGGCGAGCGGUCGCUGUCGCUCCUCUGCCGCUACGGCUCCAACGUUAUGCGGAGCCCGCACGAGGCGCGCUACCGCACGAUUCGCCACUCGAACGCCGCCUUCAAGCGAGCCAUCGGCCGGCACGACACGCUACAGCAGCCGCCCUCCGCUUCGCACGACACGCACGCCGCCGGCCGGCAGGUCCUCCGCCUCGCCGGCUUUGCCUUCAACGCCGGCGCCGCGGGCGGCGACGACCGGACGUGGUCGCUGCCGCCGACGAGCUCGCUCGAGCCGCUGCAACACCUCUUGCAGGAGGCGGAGGCGCUUCAGCGCGCCGCCCCGCCACGGCCAGCAGCGCGGCCGCCACCAAUGCCGCCAGUGAGCGAGGAGGGAGCUGCGCCGCCGCCGCCACCACUUGCGCCCGCCUCCGCCUCCGCCUCCGCCUCUGCUGCUCCCAUCGGCAGAGCUGGUCCCUCGGGCGGGGCAGGCUCUUCGCGCGGACGCACCAUCACCGAGGCGCAGGUGGAGGCCCUCAAGCGGCAGAAGCUCGAGGUGCGCGCCGACGUCGCUCCCGCAAGCCGCGCGCUCCGCAUCGUCAACCCGGCGGAGGAGGCUGCCGCGGCCGCGCUGCGCUCCGCCGCGCCGACGCCCGAGGAGGAGCCGGCGGACGACUUUUACGAGGUGACUGCGGACGACUUGCGCGCGCUUGCGCUCGGCGGCGGAGGCGGCGGCGACGGCGGCGGAGGCGGGCAGCUCAAGACGCGCGCGAUGCGCGAGCUCGAGGCGCUGCAGUCGAUGCCGACGUACGGGCACGCAUUGGUCCGCGUGCGGUUGCCGGGCGGGCUCGUGCUGCAGGCGGCCUUUCACCCGCAAGAGGCGGUGGGCGCCGUGCUGGCCGAGGUGCGCGGCUGCCUCUCGCCGACGCUUCAGUCGGCACAGCCCUACUUGUUUGUGACCCCGCCCCGGCGCGUGCUCGACGUCUCCCUCUCCCUCGCCGCCGCCGGCCUCGUCCCAGCGGCGACUCUCUUGCUUGGCUUCGACCCACCGGUUAGCGCGGGCGCGGCGGGCAGCACGCCGAGCGAGGUGCUCUCGGCGCGCGCCCUCGCGUUGCUCGCUGCCCCGCCCGACGCCGCCGCCGCGCCUCAGCCGUCCUUCCCGUCGGCGCUCAAUCUUCCGUCGCGCUCCGCCGCCGGCGGUGGCGGCGCGCUCGCUCCGCCGCUCGGAUCGACGAGCGGCGAAGCGGCGGCGGCUGGCAAAGGAAAGGAGCGCAAGGUUCCAAAGUGGCUGCAGCGCUGA